AAAAUUUAGAUGAAAAAAUUGAAGUUAUUUUUGAUAUGCAAAUGAAUUAUAUUGAAAGUGGAGGAGGAAUUAAUUCAAAUGAAGCUAGAAGAAGGAUUGAAUCAAUCAAAGAUGCAUUAUAUGGAACUUCUCAUGGCGGAAAACAUCCUAGAUUAAAAAUGAUUGAGAAUUAG